GGCCUUUGCAGUGGGGAGUUGUUUGGCGGACUCCGCAAGUUUUUCUAUACUUUACCUGUUAUUUUUGUUUGUCUAAAGAAGGGCAAAUACUCAGCUUUUGGCAUCACUUGCUUCGUUAUUCAUUUGGUUUGUCGACGGACCGUAAAAAUUAUCAGUUUAGGGCGUGGUACCGGGACAAAGUAGGAAGCAAGGUAGAUAGGAAGGACGAUAUCGUUGAGUCGGACUGUCCACGGCUGAGCUUAUGAUGCCGACGUUGCGGGACGGCACCAUGUCCCACCCCGGCGAGAAUUCCCACCAAGUCCGGGUGAAAGCUUACUACAAAGGGGACAUCAUGAUCACACAUUUUGAACCGUCCAUCUCGUACGAGGGCUUGUAUGGGGAGGUGAAGGACAUGUGCUCCAUGGACAACGACCAGCUCUUCACCAUGAAGUGGAUUGAUGAGGAAGGUGACCCCUGCACUGUAUCGUCGCAACUGGAACUGGAGGAAGCUCUGCGUCUCUAUGAACUCAACAAAGACUCGGAGCUCAUUAUCCAUGUGUUCCCCUGUGUACCAGAGAAACCUGGCAUGCCUUGUCCGGGAGAAGACAAGUCGAUAUAUCGCCGUGGAGCUCGACGCUGGAGAAAGCUUUACUAUGCCAGCGGUCACGCCUUUCAGGCCAAACGCUUCAACAGGCGAGCCCACUGCGCCAUCUGUACAGACCGAAUCUGGGGUCUGGGAAGACAAGGCUACAAAUGCAUCAACUGCAAGCUGCUGGUUCACAAGAAGUGCCAUAAACUGGCGACAGUAGAGUGCGGCAGACCGAUGAUCCAUGAUCCAAUGAUGCCCAGCACACAGCCGAGUCAGCUAGACCCACACGAACAGCCAGGCCCUCAGAAUAAAGACUCCAGAGAAAGCUUGACUUACGAUGGAGAAGAAAAGGAGGCACGGAGUAGCAGAGACACAGGGAAAUCGACUUCCAGUCUGGGCCUGGCCGACUUUGACCUGCUGCGGGUGAUCGGCAGAGGUAGCUACGCCAAGGUGCUGCUGGUACAGCUGAAAAAGACGGAGCGCAUCUAUGCCAUGAAGGUCGUCAAGAAGGAGCUGGUCAACGAUGACGAGGACAUCGACUGGGUUCAAACAGAAAAGCACGUCUUCGAGCAGGCCUCUAAUCAUCCCUUCCUGGUCGGCCUUCACUCCUGCUUCCAGACAGAAAGCAGACUCUUCUUUGUUAUUGAAUAUGUGAAUGGUGGAGAUCUCAUGUUCCACAUGCAGAGGCAAAGGAAACUCCCAGAAGAACAUGCCAGAUUCUACUCGGCAGAAAUCAGUCUGGCGCUCAACUACCUCCACGAGCGGGGAAUCAUCUACAGAGACCUGAAACUGGACAAUGUGCUGCUGGAUUCUGAGGGUCACAUUAAGCUUACAGACUACGGCAUGUGCAAGGAGGGCUUGAGACCUGGCGAUACGACGAGCACUUUCUGCGGUACCCCCAAUUACAUCGCCCCCGAAAUACUCAGAGGAGAGGAUUACGGGUUCAGCGUGGACUGGUGGGCACUAGGCGUGCUCAUGUUCGAGAUGAUGGCGGGCCGGUCGCCCUUCGACAUCGUCGGCAGCUCCGACAACCCGGACCAGAACACAGAAGACUACCUCUUCCAAGUAAUAUUGGAAAAACAGAUCCGAAUCCCACGCUCGUUGUCAGUCAAAGCUGCCAGUGUCCUCAAAGGAUUCCUCAACAAGGAUCCCAAGGAGCGCCUGGGCUGCCACCCUCAGACGGGCUUUGCCGACAUCAUGGGCCACCCGUUCUUCCGAAACGUCGACUGGGAGCUCCUGGAACAUAAGCAGGUGGUCCCUCCGUUCAAGCCCAACAUCUCAGGGGAAUACGGACUGGACAACUUUGAUGCCCAGUUCACCAACGAGCCAAUCCAGCUCACGCCUGAUGACGAGGACGUCGUGAAGAAGAUCGACCAGUCUGAGUUUGAAGGCUUCGAGUACAUCAACCCUCUGCUCAUGUCGGCGGAGGAGUGUGUGUGAGGGGGCGUGGCGUCUGUGCACACGCACACCACACACACACACACACACACACACACACACACACCCACACACACACUCAUGCACGUGUUUACGUGGCGUCUCAGUGUCUUCAAGCUGCAUGGUUACGAGACAACCCGAUGACAUCCACCUUCUGUUCGAGGGCCGCACACAUGCACAUGUAGAACGCUUAUUUGCCAAAACGAAUCUCACACUCUGCCAUUUAUAGCCACUUGUCCUUAAGCCUACCUUCUUUCUUAAUUAUUUUUAUAUCAUGUAAAUCUGCACUGAUAUCAGAAAUAUCUCGUCGGGGCCUCUUUGUCGGUGGCCAAAGUGGCUGCUAAGUUCUUCCAGUGUCGCUGUAUGUGUGGGGGGGUGGGGGGGAAGAGGCACGGCCCCCUUCCGACAGAUGAACUGAGCUUCCUCUCCUUCCAGCUGGUGGGGUGUUUUCAAUGCAUAUUUUAUUUGUACAUAUAUGAAAAUACUAAUGAGGAUAAACGUUAGACAGCGACUUUUUAGCUUCAAGCCAGUCGGACAGCACUGACAUCUUAAAGUUUUUGGAAUUAGCUUUGUCACGACGUCCCCCGCCCUUCUCUGUAGAAAAAAUCAUAACACUAGCCUUUAAAAAAAAGAAAGAAAGAAAGGAAAAGAGUAGAAAUGACAAAAUAAAUAAAAACUAUAUAUUUUUCUCAUGUUUUGUUUACCAUUUGUCAAAGUGUUAAAUGUUCCAGCCCUGAGUAAAAAACAAAACAAAAAAACCAUGAAUGCUCAACAUCUGGACUGUAAGGGGCUACUUCAGGUCCCUUCUUUCACAGUGAAGGAACCGAAGCGGCAACGUAACACUAAUAACAAGGAAAUGCUCUCAAACUGUGAAAUGAAGUCGCUCGUUCUGCCAGGAGACGGGCUGGAAAAAUGGCACACGAUACCUGAAAGCUGGAGCACAGGUUUGUAUCUUUCUGUGCGGGGGCAGUUGAUGACGCUCACAUUCAUACAGAACCAAAAACUAAACACAUGAAAUGUCUUGCUGGUAUGUAUUAGAGGGUACAAAAUACGUAAGGAAGAUGUGCUGUCAUAGAAAUUAUAUAUUUAGAUCCCCCCUCUUAUUUUAACACAUCUUUCUAAAAACUUAUGAUCUGUUAUCUGUCUUUUUUUCUUUGGUAUUCAUUCCAUGUUUGUCUUUUUUUUUUUUUUUUUUUUUUUUUGCUGCAAAUCAAAAUAUUAAAAGAAAGAAGAGCUCAAAAGAGCAGUGGACCGCACCGUGAAAAGGUUUUAAAGCUGUAACCCAUAUCCACUGGACUCAGUUUUUACCAUGUUCGGCCCGCAGUUUAUUUUCUGAAUUAGAUAUUUUAUAAAACUGUUAAAAACACAAAGCAUCUCUGUACCCGCAAACUGUAAGCGGGGGUGCACAAACCUCUGGGUCCUCCGGCGGAGCACUCUGAUCUGUUACACUUGUUACUGUUGCUUUGUUGUUUCUUUCUUUUGUGGAUAUGGUUAGUUUUGAUUGUUUUUUGUUUUUGUUGUUCUUUUUUUUAUCACUACAUUGAUUCCAAAAUGUUACUGGGUGAUCCCAAUGGAAACACUUUUUGUUGUACUUGUUGUGUUUUGAGGAUGUUUGCCAUCCACAGGACACUGGUGAACUUUAUUAUUAGCGUUCAGAGAAAAAAAAAGAAAAGAAAAAACAGACACUAAAAUAAACAUUUUAUUUCUCUCCUUGUGGUAA